AUGGCUUCUUCUUCAACAACACCAGAACAAUUCGGUUGUUACUUUGAAAACCCAGUCUGGGAAACAGAAACCUGUGAUGGCGUCACAGCUGCUCUGAGAGAUGUCGCAAAGCACGUAGCUACUCUCGAGGGAUGCGAAGAAGGCAUCUACACACAAGCUGAGGAUGCUCAGACUGUUGAUAUGGUUCUGGAAGACGAUGGAGAGGCUAGCAACAUGACGGAAAGCGAGAAUGAUGCACUAGUCGAUGAAGAAAAUGAUGCUUGGUCUGUUAUUAGCGAGGAGGAUCAGGAGCAACGUCUUUACUGCGAUGACGCCGACGACGAAAGCGAAGUCGAUGGAGCCGAAAAUGACGGUGAUGCGGACGAGGAAGAGCAGCCUUACAACCCAGAAGAGGACGAAGAGCUUUAUGGCGGCACCGACGAUGGAGAAGAGCACCUUGACAACACUCUCACCAAUGACGAUGAGGAAGAGCACGUUGAUGACUGCACCGAAGAAAGCAUCCAAGUCCGCGAACUCAAGGAGCAGCUGGUAGCUUUCGGACAAGAAUCUUGGGAAUACCAGUGCGAUCUUGAGAAGCGCCACCGCGAAGAGCUAGAUUACGAGCUUGAAACUUGCAAAAAGGAAGCUUUGAAGUCCAAGAGUGAGCUUGAAAAACGCCAUCGUAAGGAGCUGGAAGAUCUCAACCGUGAGCAUGGAAAAGAACUCAACUGCCUCAACACAGCCUUGCAAGAGAAGAUGCAGCAUGUCGAUAUGUGCAGAGAGGAAAUCUACCGCAGACGCGCUUUCGAGGUUUCGAAAAGCCAGCAGCUCGAGGUCAUCAAGCGUCAGCACAAGACUGAGUGCGACAAAGAGCGUAAACGCGCUGAUGAAGCCGAACAACAGCUCAAGGACACGCUGCAGGAAAUGCAAGACAAGCACCAACGGGAACUUGAAGAGCUCAAGCGCAAGCAACACCAAAAAUAUGAAGACUUCGCCAAAGCCGCAGCAGAGGAAGUUGAGAGAUAUCGCCAGAAGGCCGCCAGAGAUGCCAAACUCUGCGAAGACGCUUCGGAAGUCCUAGCGGCUCAGAUCACGAAAGCCGAAGUCAUGAAGACUGAAUAUGAGAAGAGACUCAAGGACGCCAACUCUCGCUACGAGCAAGAGAUCAAGAGAGGACAUGCAGACCGUGAGUGGCUUGCAAAGCAGACAUGCGAAGUGCUUGAAGAGAAAAACAAGGUCAACAAUGAGAACCUCAAGCUUCGCAAGGAGCUUGCGGAAGCUGUCGACGACAUCCAAGAACUGGUGCAGAAGGUGCGGACAGACAAGGCUGGCCACGAUCAGGAGAUAGUCAGACUGAAGGAGGAGGCUCAGCGUCAGCAUGAACAAGCUUUCGACGAACUCGUGGAUGAACACGAGCAAGAUUGCGCAGAACUUGCCGAUCACCUGUGGGAAGCCGAGAACGAAAUCGACGAGCUGCGCCAGAAAGAACAGGAUAUGGAAGCUAAGCAUAAGCAAGAGAUGAGUCAAGCAAAGGCUGCUCAAAUAUGUUUGGAGGGGCAGGUCUUUGAUUUGAUGUGCAAGCUCGUUGAUGUCAAGCAGGAAGCUGCUGGGCUCCGUGAUCAGCUGGUGAACACCAAGUGCGAGAUCCAGGAGCUCAAGGAUAGAGAGCAGGAACUGAUGUCACAGCAAGGUGCGGAUCGUGCAAUGUUCGAGAGAAGCUUGCAUGCCAUGCGCAAGGCGCUGCAAGAUAGCGAGUGA